GGACCAGGAAAAACCGUAGGCUAACGUCGUGUUGCAAGAGGAAUCUCUGACGUGUACAUUUAUCUUUGCUUCUGAACAGGAAAACACAAACAAGCUUAAAACAUUGCCAGAGAUAGCCUAAAUUAACGCCCCUGUAUAUGGCUUUUAAGACAGGGACUCGUUUUAUUCUUAACACCGGGCCUUAAUUUUACACUUUGGAAAUAUGGGAAUAUAUUUUAGUCUGAGUUUACGCUCGUGCAGCUAUAUGUACUCAUAGAAAAUAAGUAUAACUCUUAAGAUAUGAAGUAAUAAACAGACUCUCCAUGCUUCAUAAUACCUGCUUUUGCAUCGUAUCUCUACUAGAGUUAACAAAAUGUCAAGAGUCCUAAAUAUUCAAAAUGUAUUAAACGCUCGUUUGACCGGGUUUCAAUCCUCGUUACUUUAAGAAACACAGUGACUUCUCUUGAUCCAAAACAUCUUCGGCACAAAACGACAUGAAAAUGUCUGAGUGACAUUUCCUCAGCACAUCAUGCAGUCCUGAGCUCUGUCGGACAAACAAGAAAACAUGUUAGUUGGAGUCUUUUUGUAGCGUUAAAAGCUCGUUUUCUCUACUUCUACUAAUCUAAAUAAGACGGGAAAGCUAAUCCUAUAGCUGGUUAGUUUUCUCAUCAUGGAGCACCUCAAGGCUUUAAGACUCUUGUUUAACAAAUUGUGGAUACCUUUAAGAUAUAUCCAGUCCAGACAUUGUUUUAAUUCAGCUAAAGUCAACCCGAAAACAAGAGAGAGGAGGACAACAACUGUAGAGGAGUUCAAGUCCCAGAUAUCCUCUGGUCCAAGUUUUCAGGAUUUCAUCAAAGGAGCUCCCAGUAAAAAGACUUCUGAUCUAGAUGGACAUCUGUUGGACGGACACAGUUAUCUGUCUGAGGAUUUGGAGCUGGGGAACUCAAGAAAAGGUCAGUUUAUAUCACUGGAAACUAAAUGAAUCUGUGUGGUUUGAAGAAGCUCAUCUGAUGUUUUAUCUUAACGAUACAGUGUACUUUGAAACCUAUGGCUGUCAGAUGAAUGUAAGCGACACAGAGAUAGCCAGCUCCAUCCUGCAGGGUAAGGGCUACCAAAGGACAGUGGACCUAAAUCAGGUAGGAAACUCUAUAGAAAUCUAAUUCAGGUUUUUUUUCUUCCUUAGAUGAACCUUAGAGCUUUUGAUUUGAUUUAAUUUGUUUUGGAUCCACUAUAAUUACAAAACCCAAUUCCAUUGAAGUUGGGAAAUUGUAAUAAACGUAAGAUAUAUAAUGUUCAAACUCAUAAACUUUGUUUUUUUUUUUUUGCAAAUAAUCAUUAACUUUAGAAUUUCAUGGCAGCAACACGUGACAAAGAAGUUGGGAAAGGUGGCAAAAAAUACUGAGAAAUUUGAGGAAUGCUCAUCAAACACCUAUUUGGAACAUCCCACAGGUGAGCAGGCUGAUUGGGAACAGGUGGGUGUCAUGAUUGGGUAUAAAAGCAGCUUCCCCAAAAAUUCUCAGUCAUUCACAAGCAAGGAUGGGCGAGGUUCACCACUUUGUGAACAACUGCGUGAGCAAUUAGUCGAACAGUUUAAGAAUGUUUCUCAAAGUACAAUUGCAGGGAGUUUAGGGAUUUCAUCAUCUAUGGUCCAUAAUAUUAUCAAGAGGUUCAGAGAAUCUGGAGAAAUCACUGCAUGUAAGUGGCACGGCCAGGAACCAACAUUGAAUGCCUGUGACCUUCGAUCCCUCAGGUGGCUAUGUAUCAAAAACCGACAUCAAUGUGUAAAGGAUAUCACCACAUGGGCUCAGGAACACUUCAGAAAACCACUGUCAGUAAAUACAGUUCGUCGCUACAUCUGUAAGUGCAAGUUAAAACUCAUUUAUCAAAAAACAUCCAGAAACGCUGCCGGCUUCUCUGGGCCUGAGCUCAUGCAAAGUGGAAAAGUGUUCUGUGGUCUGACGAGUCCACAUCUCAAAUUGUUUUUGGAAAUAGUGGACGUUGUGUCCUCUGGGCCAAAGAGGAAAAGAACCAUCUGGACUGUUAUCGACGCAAAGUUCAAAAGCCAGCAUCUGUGAUGGUAUGGGGGUGCAUUAGUGCCCAAGGCAUGGGUAACUUACACAUCUGUGAAGGCAACAUUAAUGCUGAAACAUACAGGUUUUGGAGCAACAUAUGCUGCCAUGCCAAGCCACAUUCUGCACGUGUUACAACAGCGUGGCUUUGUAGUAAAAGAGUGCAGGUACUCGACUGGCCUGCCUGCAGUCCAGACCUGUCUCCCAUUGAAAAUGUGUGGUGCAUUAUGAAGUGUAAAAUACGACAACGGAGACCCCGGACUGUUGAACAAUUGAAGCUGUACAUCAAGCAAGAAUGGGAAAGAAUUCCACCUUCAAAGCUUCAAUUAGUCUCCUCAGCUCCCAAACGUUUAUUAAGAGUUGUUGAAAGGAAAGGUGAUGUAACACAGUAGUAAACAUGCCCCUGUCCCAACUACUUUGGCACGUGUUGCAGCCAUGAAAUUCUGAGUUAAUCAUUAUUUGCAAAAAAAAAAAAAAGUUUAUGAGUUUGAAUUGAAUAUAGGUUGAAAAGGAUUUGCAAAUCAUUGUACUCUGUUUUUAUUUACGUUUAUCACAAUUUCCCAACUUCAAUGGAAUUGGGUUUUGUACAACAAGAUAUUAAAGUAACUAUUCUUCCUGGGGUCCAUGUCUUCUUUUCAAUUUUACAUUUUUAACUUAGCUUUCUGUGUGUUAACAGGCAGAUGUUGUCCUUCUGGUAACAUGCUCUGUAAGGUAAAAUCCUUUUAUGUAUUCAAAGUCUAAAAAUAUCAUAUUUUUACUGGUUGCAUUGUUGUUGACAAAGACAGUUUUACUUUUGCAAAUCCAGAUCACUAAUGUUGUCAUAUGAGGUUUUCAUGAGUUCACACACUCCAUGUCAUUUGGACACAUUUGGAUAUUUACAAUCUUUCAUUUACAGAGAAAAAGCAGAGCAAACUAUUUGGAAUAGACUUCAACAACUGACUGCUAUGAAGAAGAGACGAUUAAAGACCCAAGCGCCAAUGAAAAUUGGAAUUUUAGGUGAGUGUAUUCAUCAUUGUUAACCCAUUUAAACAUGUUACACAGCGGGUUAUAAAGACGUGUGGAUACGUGCACUUAGGAUGUAUGGCAGAGAGGCUGAAGACAGAGCUCUUGGAAAGGGAGAAGCUUGUGGAUGUUAUUGCUGGACCAGAUGCCUACAGAGACCUUCCUCGUCUGUUGGCUGUGGCUGAUGGAGGUCACCAGGCGAGCAAUGUGCUGCUGUCUUUAGAGGAGACCUAUGCAGACGUCAUGCCUGUGCACCGUACUACUCAGGGAUACAGUGCUUUUGUGUGAGUGUGUCAGUUGUUCCUGUUUCUUUUUUUUUGCCUACCAUCUCCUCCUGAUUUUUAAAAUAAUACUGUGGUUAUAAUUUUGUGUUAUUGAUCUUUGGUGCCUUCAGGUCCAUCAUGAGAGGCUGUGACAACAUGUGUAGCUACUGCAUUGUUCCCUUCACCCGGGGCAGAGAGAGGAGUCGACCCAUCAGCUCCAUACUUGAGGAAGUUCGGAUACUCUCUGACCAGGCAAGUCACCGCGAAGUCUUUACGAGGUUAAGUUGGUUAGUAAGUUAGUAACAUGCAUCAGUGGCUGAUGUUUUCCUUUUCCCGUGUUUCUUCAGGGUGUUAAGGAGGUAACUCUUCUGGGUCAGAACGUAAACAGCUACAGAGACACCUCAGAAGAACAAUCCUGUGGAGCAAACGUGACCCAGCUCAGCCAGGGAUUCAAGACCAUCUACAGAACAAAACAGGGAGGUCUGCGUUUCUCUGACCUGCUGGAUCGAGUGUCACGCAUCGAUCCUGAGAUGAGGAUCAGAUUUACUUCCCCUCAUCCCAAGGAUUUUCCUGAUGAGGUUUGUGAUGUAAUUCAUUUUGGUGUAGGUAGAGAAGCAGUUUCUAAGACACAGUCCAGCAAGGUCUGAAUCUCAUCGUACUCCAGCAAUGGUUCUGAUCCAACAGGUCACAAAUACGGAUCAUUUUUCUCUUUGAUCCAACAAAGUCCUACUGCUUGCUGUGUAAAGUGAACUUGGUGGAUGGAAGCUUUCUGAUCAGCUGCAUGUUGUGGUGCUCACAGGUUUUGCAACUGAUUGCUGAGCGGGGAAACAUUUGUAAGCAGAUUCAUAUCCCAGCCCAGAGUGGGAGCAGCAAAGUCCUCAAAACAAUGCGUCGUGGGUAAGAGUCAAAGCAGGCUUUUUUUUCUUACUCCAUCAUUGUGAAUUUAAGGGAGGCUGGUUGUUAAGGCUCAUUUAUGUUCGCCAUAUGUAUGAAAAUAUACGCGUCCGUUUCAAAUGACGGUUCCGUCAUUGCCCACAUACUUCCAUGCGUCCUUUACGUUCGCAUUGAUGUUAACCAUUACAUCCACCAGGGGGGGCAGGCUGGAGUCAAAAGUUUCUGCCUCACGGUUGGAAGAUGGAGAAUUCUUUUCUCUAGUCGUACCGAUGAGAGAAAUUGACAACAAUCCUCAAAAAUCCCUGUCAUUGUCUUCUUCGUUUCUCUCUAGAGAUGCGGAUCUGGUGGGCGACAGCAGCAACACUGCCCCCACAGUCUCUGGUGGUACUGCCCCGCCCGACCCGUAUCCGUAAACUUCAAGGAUAUGUGCAGAAAUACGGACAAAGAGAAUGCAAAGCAUGGACAUAGAGCUAUUUCCGUACCUGGAUCCGUAUGUAACAUUGAGCAUAAAUGAGCCUUUAUGGAUCUUUAUCAUGCCCCCAAAAGGAGCUUGUUCAUGGUCCUAGAUGGAGAUGAACGCAGUUCUUGAAGAGCUUGGAGGAGGGACAUGUGGGAUUGUUUUCUUGAGAACAGUGAUCUCUUAUCUUGUGCCUCUGUUGAGUGAAGUAGAUUCAUGACGAUGGAGAUAUAGGACAGGAUUUAUCAAUGAAAAGAAAGCAUUGUUAUGAUGUAUUGUUAUAAUACAGGGCUCUAAUAGCCUCCAUUGCACAAAAGUAGCUUCUAUCGUCAUGAAGUCUUCUUUCAGAUUAUAUGUACAAGAGUUGUAUGAUUAAAUUAAAUACGAAAAGACUAUUUGUACAAUGUCCAUUUGUUCAACUAGUUACUGUCAGUUUUGUACUGAAGAAGUUAUAUAAAUGUAUUUUAUUCAAAACAAAGUAUCUGUAGUUGAACAGUUUUUUUUUUUUAUUAUUGCAUCGCCGUCAUUUCCAGCUUAAAUUGUCUCAAUACUAUCUGGAGAUGACCUGAUAGCAAAGUUGUUUUAUAAUGUCCAGAAAAAAGUUACAAUGAGUUUUUUCUAUUGAUUUGUCAUUUUUACAGCUACACGAGAGAAGCAUACCUCAAUCUUGUGGACAACAUCAAGAGGAUUAUUCCAGGUAAACUAUCAGUAGUUUUUUUUGUUGUUGCAGCAUCCUUUGGUGCAUAUUCUCAGUUUCAUACUGCUCCUGAGGCUGCAGCCAGUGAUGUGUGAGUUAGAUGUAAUCUGAAUGAUAAUAAGAUCUUUCCUGUUCCAUAGCAGUCUAUGUUUUCAGCACUCUGUGUGGUUUGUAGAGAAAGUGUGGAAAGAAACUCAGCUAUGAGAAUGCUACAAUAGUUUGCAGGAGUCUGAGUCUGUGCACACCUCCUUUACCUAUUAUAGCCGAAUGGAAUUAACCAGAGGAGGACCAAAUCUAGGUGAUGGCACAAAGAUGAUGUUCAGUUGUGGUAGUCAUCUGUCCGAAUCUUAUUCUUACAAAUGUUGCUUCAGGUCCAACUUCUCUGCUCAUUCAAGGAUCUCUGUAGACAGUCCACAAAUCCUCUUUGCUGCUUAAACAUUUUGCAUGGCAGCAGAUUUUUGUGACCUCACUAACCACAGUUUUGGUUUUAACAUUAUUUUGACAUCAUAGAGCAUUUAAAGGGAUAUUUCAGAAAAAUUUAAGUUAUGGUCAAAUACACCGUCACACCGAGUUAGACACCCCCUCGAGAGAUGAAUGUAACCGACUGCUUGCUUCUCUAGUUAUACCAACUUUAGUAACGACCGCACGAUAGCAAUACACGGCGGUCUACGUCUCCACGUGCAAAUCACAAAUAAUGCUCUGAACAGCACCUAACUUCAUCAACAGUACAUAUAGGGUCCCAGCCAUAGUACUAGCCAUCAAACAUCUUUUUAGCUUUGCUUGGUUUCUUUAGCAAAGAGACUAAACACAACUCACCCACUCUCCUCCAGCAGCCGCUUGUUUGUGCGGGGAGCCCUGACAAGUCGAUCACUGAGUGCAGCGGAGUUUCACAGCUCAAGGAACAACAUUUAUGAUUAUAACUUCAAGGAAAUGCAAUCACACUGAGACGCUAAUGCAGAAGAACUACCACGUCUGCAGUGCAAAAUGAUUAUUAAAUGAUUAUUAUGAUGAUUAUUACUUCAUGGAAAUGAUCCGUGUUUGACCCUAAUUUAAAGUUACGCCGGAAUAUCCCUUUAAAGCUUCAGUGAGGAGCUUUUUCAACGGUUAUGAAACAGACCAAAAUGAACAGUGAUUUAUCUAAUUCCAACAAAAACAUUCUCCAUAUUGAAAUUUUCAGUGAAGAAGUAGGUACACUAAAGAAACAGCACAUUUUAACAGCGAGUGAUAUGUUUCGCUGUUAAAAGACAACAGGAACAGACUAAAAAGUCUUUAACAAAGCUGAGAUGAAAUCAGCAACAACAACAAGGUUACUACUUUGACCUCAGAGGGCGCCCUAAUCAACACAGGCAGAAAGCUGAAUCAGACUCUGGCCAUGAUUAAAUGGGUCUGGAAAUGAAGGAUUAUUUUGAAAUUUCACAUUUAGGUAUGCACUUGAACCAGUGAAAGGUUUUUGUCUGCACCUCUCACUUCCUCUGGCAUACAGCAGUUUGAUACACAGCACCUUAACGAAACUUUAACAAGCAGCCAAACUGAUUUUCACCAAGAAGAACUGGCGUCAGUUUGCUCAUUUUGAUGAAGACUUGUUUGGUCUCUGUUGAAUUUUCAUUCCAUGUCUGAGUGACAGGGGUGAGUCUUAGCAGUGACUUCAUCUCAGGCUUCUGCGGAGAAACAGAAGAAGACCACCAGCAGACUUUGUCUCUGAUCAGGAAGGUGGGCUAUAAUGUGGGGUUCCUGUUUGCCUACAGUGUGAGAAAGGUGAGCUUUGAGCACUUCAAUACUGUCACUAUUUUUUUAAAGAAUAAGAAUAUCUACGCCUUUAUUUCGAGAAUGGUUUCCUUCUUUAUCUUUGGUUCUCAAAAUGUCACUAUUCCUGCUUUUGUGAUUUUUGUACUCAGAAAACCCAUGCCUAUCAUAGGCUAGAAGACGAUGUACCACCAGAGGUGAAGAAGCGGAGGCUGGAGGAGUGUAUCAGUGUUUUCAGAGAGGAAGCAGCCAAGGUUAACGCAGCCCUCAUUGGGAGCACACAGCUUGUCCUGGUGGAGGGAGUGAGUCCAGCACACAUCCUCUUUCACAGAGUGCCGAUUGACUCACUGUUAUCUGUUCGCUCUGCUCAUCUGUUCUUUGAAUUUUUCAUACAGGAAAGUAAACGGUCCACACAGGACCUGUGUGGGAGGACUGAUGGGAAUAUGAAAGUGAUAUUUCCCAAAGAAGAUGUAGCUGUCCAACCUUCUGAAUUAAACUCUGCUCCCAUCAGUGCUGGAGAGUAUGUGCUGGUAAAGGUAGGGUUUGAUCCACUUUGUUUACACACACACUUCAUUCAACAGUUGUCUCUUGUGUUACCAGUGGAUUUAAGUUUACAGCAGAUAGUCGUGUUGUAAAUAUUAGGAUAAGCAUAAGGUGAGGUAUUGGAUGUGUUAAAGUGUUAAAUUCCCACUCCGAUCUUUUUUAUUUAUUUAUUUAUUAUUCAUUUUUUUAUUUUUUUACUAUUUAUAGUGUUAUACUUAUAAGUUUUUAGCCAAAAUCCCGUUACCUGUGUCAUUUUCAAGGGCUUUUCUUCUGCAGAGCUUCAGCAGAUCAUUUCUUGCUAAUAUCAUAAUUAGCUUUCUUACGAGCAUUGCAAUCUGCUAACACACAUGCUUGUUCUGCGAUUGUCCUCUCUAUUUUUCUGAGUCUGGCCUGCAUAGUGGGGCUUUGGGGGCGGAGCCUGGAUUUGUGACAUAGGAAAUCUCACUGGUCUGAACAUGCUGUCUGGGUCUGCCAGAGAUUCACAGCGAUUUGAAUGCAGAAAUACUUAGAAAUACAAUUUUGCGCUUCCUUUUUUCAUGAUAUGUCAUGUAGCAUCAGGAAAAAUGCUAUAUUAACAUGUAGACAACAAGAAAAACAUGAUUUUCAUCAGAGUGGGUCUUUAAAGCCAUGUAGGAAGCAUUGUUGCUAAGCACUAGGGCUGGGCGAUAAACCUAAAAUUUACAGAUAGCGAAAUUUACGACAAUAGUUAUCGUCCAUUUAUCGUUAUCGAGGUGAACUGCUCAAUAUAUCGUGAUAUUGAUUUGAGGCCUUAUUGCCCAGUCCUACUAAGCACACAGCAAUUCUUAUAACAGUUACUGUUUUUUUUAAUAAUCUGAAUACAUGCACUUCAGUUGCAUUUCUAUUGUAAAUAAAGUCAAAGGGCCUGAAACACACAUUCUCAAUCACAUAAAAUACUUUUUAUUCAAUACAAAAUCUUUAAAAAAAAUCCAGAAAUGGUCAAAUUUUGUUUCAAAUAUAUGUUUUUAAAAAGAGAUUGGAUUUGGGAGAACAUUUUUUCAAGAGUAUUUAUGAUCCAAUGCUUUCUGUUUUUUUUUCUGUAUUGUAGAUACUGUCUGCCACCUCCCAGAGCCUGAGAGGUCGAGCCCUCAGCCACAGCACGCUGGGAAGCACGAUGAAGCACAGUGGGACUCUCCCUGGCAGCCAGCUUUAUGAAGAGUUGUCCUCAGAUAAAACCAUGACUAAGACCUGAUUGACACAGCUGACACCAAGAAAACAAACUUGUACACUGCCGUCCUCUAUUAAAGGACUUUAAGACACACUGAGGGAGGAUGGUCCUCCUGAACAUUUAGUUCCACAGCCUGAUUAGACAACUGUAAAGAGUGUUAUUGUUAUUGUUAAUAUAUUUGGAUGAUAGUAAAUAUUUGAUACAA